AUAUGGCUUCCUGUAUACUAAUAAAAAAAGUAAUUCAUGUCUUCAAGAUUUCUGCUUAAGCGUUAAUCAAAUAAUAUUAUUUGAGAUAUUCUCUAAAUCCAUCGACUGAGAACAGGAAGGACUUUUCCAUCGACAUAUUAAGGUGUCAAGGGGGAGAUGGCUGUGCCUCAAGCACAUGCCCAGCGCAUGCUGUCCUUCCUCAACCAGCAGAGGGGGCUGGGUAGGUUCUGUGACGCAAUGCUGAGUUUGGGGAGCGGGCAGGUGUACCUGGCACAUCGCAACGUGCUGGCAUGCUUCAGCGAGCUCUUCCAGGAGACCUACACAACCACCACAACCUGCAUGGAGGUCUGCCUACCAGAGGAGUGCCCGACAGAUGGACUGGAGUUGGUCUUGGACUUUGUGUACACCGGGGAGCUUAAAUUAGACUCUGUCAACUUGGAAAAGGUGCGAAGGGCGGCUGUCAGCCUGUCUGUACCAGACGCUGUCAAGCUCUGCCAGAACUUCACCAGCCAGCAGAGCCUGGAUCAGAGGCCCAAGACCGAAGAGCCGGGGACUGGGGAUGAAGGGUACAGGGGGCUCGACACCCCUUCUGUUCCCCAGGGGACCUCCAGCACUGAGACCCCAGUGAAGGGAAAGCAGAAACCCAGGCCGACGGCCAAACCCAGGGUUAAAGCCUACAGCGCCAUCCCCAAACGGACCGCCUCAAUCCUGCCCCCCACCACCACAACACGCUCUGGCCGCACGGUCAAGGGGCCCAGCCGCCUGCUUCGGGAGGGAAGCCCCACCCCUCCCCUCACCCCACGAGGAGGCACGGCCAGGAAGGCCGACCCCGGAGUCCAGGAGGCGGUGAAGGGAGGAGCAGAGGAAGGGAGUCAGAGCGGAGAUCGGCCCGCUAGCGAGCCUGAGGUACCCAGACUUGCCUCCACCAGGGUGGCCGGGGACUCAGAGCUGGCAAAUGAAAAUGAAGAUGAAGAUUAUGGCGAAGUGGAUGGGCCUCAGGAGGACACGGACGAGGAGUACCUGCCCCGCUCCCUCCCUGUCGCCACCGGGGGCCCCCAGAGGACCAAGCGUAGGGGCCGAGGGAAAGCUGUCAACAAGGAGAACGGGGAGGGGGCGGUUCGGGAUUUGAAGAGGAACUCGGUCCAGUGCCCCACGUGCCACAAGACCUUCCUCAGUAAAUACUACCUCAAAGUCCACAACCGGCGCCACACCGGGGAGAAGCCGUUCGAGUGCUCCAAGUGCGGCAAGUGCUACUACAGGAAAGAGAACCUUCUGGAGCACGAGGCGCGGAACUGUCUGAACAGGGCGGGGGUGGUGUUCUCGUGCUCCAUGUGUCCCAUGACGUUCAGGAAACGGCUGGAGCUGCGGGUCCACACGGUCACGCACACGGGGGAGAUGCCCAACAAGUGUACAUCCUGCCCAGAGCAGUUCAUGCAGAAAAAGGACCUGAAGAUCCAUCUAAUCAAGGUCCACGGAGCCCCCAAACCACAUGCGUGCCCCCUGUGCCCCAAGUGCUUCCUGUCCCGCACGGAGCUCCGUCUGCAUGAGGCCUCCAAGCACCGCGGGGAGAAGCUGUUCGUGUGCGAGGAGUGUGGACACCGCGCCUCCAGCCGAAACGGCCUGCAGAUGCACAUCAAGGCCAUCCACAGGAACGAGCGACCGUUCGUGUGCGAGUUCUGCAACCACGCGUUCACCCAGAAGGCUAACCUCAACAUGCACUUGCGCACACACACUGGAGAGAAGCCCUUCCAAUGCCACCUCUGUGGGAAGACUUUCAGGACACAAGCCAGCCUGGAUAAGCACCACCGCACGCACACGGGCGAGCGGCCCUUCCGCUGCGAGUUCUGCGACCAGCGCUUCACCGAGAAGGGGCCACUCCUGCGCCAUGUGGCCAGCAAGCACCAGGAGGGCCGGCCACACUACUGCCACAUCUGCAGCAAGACCUUCAAGGCCAUCGAGCAGCUGCGGGUUCACGUCCGACGGCAUAAAGGCAUGCGGAAGUUUGAGUGCGUGGAGUGCGGCUACAAGUUCACCAGACAGGCCCAUCUGCGUCGACACUCCCAGAUCCACAACCGGGUGGAGAACUACAACCCGAGGCAGCGGCGUCUGCGCAACCUGGUGGUGGAGGACGAGAAGGCGGCCGAGGGGGCGGGCCCCGCGGGCGGUGAUGUCAUCGGCGUCAUGAUCCAGCCCAGCACCGUGGUGGUGGAAGAGGUGGUGUCCACACAGGGGGCGGGGCCCAGCGAGGCAGGGGAGGAGGGGGAGGGUGAGGGUGAAGCAGAGGGGGAACAGGAAGGGGAGAGGGAGGAGGAAGAGGAGGGGCCGGCCUUCACCGUGGCUGACGUGAUGGAACAGACUCUGCUGGUCACCGGGGCCUACCCCACGGACAACGACACCACCGCUGAAGACCAGGAGAUGGUGGAGGGAGGAGACGAGGAGAAGGCUUGAGGAACGUCGUUCCCGAUCUCUGAGCUUCACGCCGCGGCCACGGGCAGGAUACAACUUAAAGGAGUAACUUGGUGGUUGGUCACACUUUCUAGGUUUUUAUAUACAAUAUGCACAAGAGGGCAUUGAAGAAACCCUCAUGUCAACCAGUUGAGAAUGUUGUCCUCGUAGUGGAUAUGAGGAUAACCCCUCCCCUAAAAAUCAUGACCCGUAGUUUGCGCCACUGGUCUCCAGACAAGACCAUGCAAAUAGUUGACUAACGUUAGGUUCACUUAAAUGAGAAUGCCUUUUAAGGACUAUUAGACUAUUAUAAUUUCUGGUUAUAUUAAUUUAGCUAGCUAGCCAAGACGUUAUAGCUGUGCUUCUGAACUUGGCUAGCUAGCUAGCAAAAAUUAUAAUUGGAUAAGUCAGCAUCCUUACCUUAGCUAUCGAUUGUUGAUAUACUAAGUUAGCUAGCUUCUGAAAAUUCAGUUUCCCAAGAUGAGCGUGUAUCUAUGGUAGCUAUGGUAACAAACAACAAUGUGUGGAAAGUGGGAGCUAAUUGACAGUUCUCAUUACCAUGCCCAGACAGUUUGGGUGAACUUUUAUAGUGGGAAAUUUAGGCUUAGAAAAAUAAAUUUUAAAAUACAUUUCAAUGACUGGAUAAUAAAAAGAAUUAUGCACAUUAAUUUUUUUGUUGACAACUGGCAAGUGUCACAUUCAACCACCAUGUUACUCCUUUAAGGCCAGUUUAUAGUUCAGUGAGUUUAUAAGUCGCUCAACUGAAAUUGGAGAACGUUUGUCAAAGAUCUACUGUCACCAGACAACUGCGGUCAUUGUCCUUAGCAAAAAUACAUGAAUGCACUCCAGUCGCCCAGAGUAUAAACUAAAACCAUCCAUUGCACGUUGCCAGUCGAUAACGCUCUGUCAUUGGACUAUAAACUGGCCAUUAACGUGCAGAGCUGUACAUUGGUUUGUAAAGUAGCCCAAGAAUGCUCCAUGAUUAAUUUCAUGAUUUCAUGAAAAUAUUUUCAAAUGUCUCAAACAGAGGCAGGACCUGAGCAUAUUAUGAACACACCCAAGAGCUUUAGUGCUCAGACAGCUGACGGCAGAGAAUUCUCAGCAGUAAAUGCUGGCAGCCCAGAUUCUGAAAAUCAGCAUUUGGGCAAUUCCCUGUUAACCGACAUUACAGCAGGAUAUUUGACUCCAAUACAGUCCAAUACAGCUACAUCAGAGAAUGAAAUAUGCUUUAAUAACCCUCAGGAGGAAAUAACUUUUAUCAGCCUCUAUUAUAUAGCUGUAUUGGACUUUAAAACCCAAAUAUUCGGCAGUUAUAAUGUUAGUUACAGUGGAAUUUCCCAUUUCUUGAUUAAUCCAGAAAUUCAUCCCUCAGUAACACUCUGCAAAAAAUUGUUUUCAUACAUAUGUUUUUUUAACAAAAUGCUUUGUCUUUUUUAUGCUGAACAUUGCCAAUGAUAAUAAAAACAGUCAGGAUACCA